AUGGGCCUGAUUUUUGCCAAGCUCUGGAGUCUGUUCAGUAACCAGGAGCACAAAGUGAUAAUUGUGGGACUUGAUAAUGCCGGAAAGACCACCAUUCUGUACCAGUUCCUAAUGAAUGAGGUGGUUCACACUUCUCCGACUAUAGGAAGUAACGUUGAAGAAAUAGUAGUUAAAAAUGCACAUUUUCUCAUGUGGGAUAUUGGAGGACAGGAGUCGUUGCGAUCAUCCUGGAAUACUUAUUAUUCAAAUACAGAGUUUAUUAUUCUUGUUGUUGACAGCAUUGAUCGAGAGAGACUGUCAAUCACAAAAGAAGAACUCUACAGGAUGUUGGCGCAUGAGGAUUUACGGAAAGCUGCCGUUCUCAUCUUUGCAAACAAACAGGAUAUGAAAGGCUGUAUGUCGGCUGCUGAAAUUUCUAAGUACCUCACCCUUAGUUCCAUAAAAGAUCACCCAUGGCACAUUCAGUCCUGUUGUGCUUUAACAGGAGAGGGAUUGUGUCAAGGUCUAGAAUGGAUGACAUCCCGAAUUGGAGUAAGAUAACUUUUU